ACCAGAAGUAAAGGCGGUGAACUGGCGCUCGACUCCGGAGGGCGGAUUCCCUUCAGAGCUUCCCGCCCACUCCUCCGCCUUUGGGGCGGCGACUCUCCCCUCAGGCCGCCUCCGCCACACUUAGCGCGCUUCCUCGCCUGUCCGCCUGCGGUGCCUGCGGUCCCUCACAGCAGCCCGGGGAGACUUCGGAGGCGGCGGCGGGAGCUGACCCUUUGCGCCCGCGAGCUCGGUGCUUUUGCCCCGUGAGGCGGCCAUGGGGCAGCCGCCGGUCUCGCUGUUGCUGCUGGGCUGCAGCGCCGUGCUGGUGUGUCCCCUGCUCUGCCUUCCCUCGGCGGGAAAUGGUAGGUGGCGACGACGGGGCUGUCUCCCGCCAGAGGGGAGCCAAGUUUUGGGUGGUCGCUCGCUGGGAGGAGGAGGAGGAGGAGGAGGAGGAAGGCGGGGAGGCAGCUCAGCCAUGUUUCGGAGGACACCAUCCCGGGGCUGCUGAGGGGGCGAGAGGGACGCUUCCAGGAAGUCGCGUCCGAUUGAAUUACAAGUAAUCCAUACUCGAGUUCCAUUGGUGUGAAUGGCACACAGCCAAUGAAAAGUGGGGGUAAACACUCGGGAAGCGGAUGCUGGACUAGGUGGGCCAUUGGCCUGAUCCUGCGGGGCUGUUCUUAGGGGUCCUUUUCCCGGGGAGCCAAAGGCAGCCCCUCGCUCGGCUCCCGGAGGCGCGCGUGCAAUAUGUAAAAGUAAAUCCUUCUGACAGAACAAAGCUGGCUGCAGGAAUGCCUUUGAUACUUCGAUUCGCCUUAUUCUUUCCUGGCUCAUGUUACAGGAUGCCUGGGUUGUUGACGCCACUGCUGCCAAGUUGCCGGAGAUGCGACCCUUUUGAUGUGGGUGGGGAGGGGGCUCUUCCUCAAAAGCAGGGGGUGGGAUCUUUACCGUCGCCUUUUCUCUCUCUCUCCUCGUCCUAUUUAUGGUGUUUAUUCAGCGCAAUCCUGUGGAUGCCGUUGAGUUCAAUAGGAUUUCUUUUACAGGCAAGAAUGCGUAGCGUUUGAACACUUGACUGAGUAAUAAAUGGGGAUAUGCAACUCUCACAGAACAUAAAGUUUUGUUGGUUGUUGGGGAGCACCUCCAUAGUUGCGUGGCUACAAAGGAAGGCUUUUAAGUUUUUAGGGUUUCUCUUAGAUUGCUUAAAUAUCGUUAAGGUCAGUGGGAGAUGAGCAACCAGUUUUUAGUACAUCAGUCCAUUGCACCUGUACAGUAAAAAAAUAAUAUGAAACAACCCGGACCCUGCAUAGUCCUUUCUCCGCCUGCUUCCUCCAUGAAAGGACUGGUGGGCGGAAACAGGAGAACUGGCCUUUUCUGCAGUGGCCCCUGUUUGUGGAAUGCUCUCCCCAAGGAGGUUGGCCUGCGCCUUCAAUACAUAUCUUUAGGCACCAAGCAAAAAGCAUUUGUCUUCUCCCAAGCAUUUGGCUAAUUAAACAAUCUAUGGCCUUUUAAACUGCAGGGGGAAUUAUUAUUUUUGUUUGUUACUAUGCUAUGCAUUUUUGUGUUUUUAUAUUGUAAACUACCCUGGGAUGUCAUAUAUGAAGGGUGGUAUGGAAAUUUAAUGAAUAAAAUAAAUAAAAAGAUAUGGAAUGUGAAAGUUACAGAACCUGAGAGUCAUUGUCUGCUUUCUUUCUAUGAGUAACUUCUUUCUGAAUUGUUAUGGUUUAUAAACCAUGCAUGAUGUAUUUUAAUCAGUAAAAGAGAUAAUUCUUGGCUUAGGAAGUGGUUUUUGAUAUUUCUGCACAUAAGCAAAUGGUUGCCUUAACAGAUCAAAUGUUUGCCAUUUGUCUUAUGUUUUGACAACUUGAAAAAGUUGUAAGUUCAUUGGGGAGAUUUUACUGUCUGGAUUUACUGCAAAGGAACUUUGUGAUCCAUUCUCUUUCUUUGUUCUCAUAAAGUACAGCAGUGUAGGGGAGAGGGAAUUUCGCUGGUUGUUUAUUUUCCUCCAUUGUUGCUAUAUUUUUUACAUUGCUGACAGAUAGACAGUAUGUUGACCUAAAACGCUGAGUGAGUCAUUUGCUUAUCACCAUGAACAGAACAGGGAAAAUGUGGCUCAAACUGAACAUCACCAUCAAUGUUUUAUUAUCUAUCUAGAUGGUUGUUAUUUUUUACUUCAAGGUUAGUUUUUUGUUAAACUUAUGAGAAAGACAAACUUCAUGUGUUAAAUUUUAAGUUGCCCCUUUUGGAUAUCAACUGUGGUUAGUACAAGAAGAAAAAGAGUACAGUGGUACCUUGGUUUAAAAACAGCUUAGUUUAUGAACCACUUGGAUUAAGAACGCUGCAAAUCCGGAAGUAUGUGUUUCGGUUUGUGAACUUUGCCUUGGAAUAAGAACAUGUUUCGCUUCCUGUUGAGUGUGUUCCAUUUGUAAAUUGAGUCCCCUGCUGCUAUGGGAAAGCACACCUUGGUUUAAGAACACUUUGGUUUAAGAACGGACUUCCGGAAUGGAUUAAGUUUGUAAACUGAGGUAUCACUAUAACUUCCUAUUGUUUCCCUACCACUUGGUUGUCAAUCUGCUUGUGCUUCCCAUGACAAAAAAAUACAUGUUGGGUGAACACUUUAAAACUAUAAGCGCCAGUCUGUGGCUCUUGUUAACAAGACAUUAGUAAGUUUGGGUGUAUGCGCAGAAGGGCACAGAGUUAAAUUAACAGAAGGACUUGAUGGGUAUAUACCGUAUUUUUCGCUCUAUAAGACGCACCAGACCAUAAGACGCACUUAGUUUUUGGAGAAGGAAAACAAGGAAAAAAGUAUUCUGAAUCCCAGAAGCCAGAACAGCAAGAGGGAUCGCUAAGCAGUGAAAGCAGCAAUCCCUCUUGCUGUUCUGGCUUCUGGGAUAGCUGCGCAGCCUGCAUUCGCUCCAUAAGACGCACACACAUUUCCCCUUACUUUUUAGGAGGGAAAAAGUGAGUCUUAUAGAGCAAAAAAUACGGUAAUUGUAAUUCAAUAAUGAUCAGCUGUCUUAAAAUAGACUUUGCAGCUUGAGGAUUACGAUUCCAACCACUAGGCAACACAACACUAUUUGACUUAUACUGGCUCUCUUACCUCGUGCCUUGGUCUUCUGCUGGUGAGUGGGACCUACCACCAGGUAAGGGCCUAAAUCAAGUUGUGUUGAAGAAGCAACACUACCACCAUACAAAUGCAGUAUAGGGGGGGAUUAAGAAACUGGUGCCUAAAUGAGUUAAAGGUGGGUCCCAGGUCUGAAAAAUUUGAAGACUACUGAUCUAGUGUGUUUUCCAAGUUAACUCUGGCUUUGAUUUCACAUUUGACUUAAUUUCAAUUGCCCAGUUUGAAUACUGUGUUCAUGCAUUGGACUGGAUCAUGUUUGGCAUAAUCAUGUCUAGAGCAGACCAAUUGAAAUCAGUGGGACUUAAUAUGUGGACUGAUUUGUGUACAUGUGUGUGUGUGUUUCUGUUAUAUAUAUUCACAAACAAUAUAUAUCAUUUUUUGAUUUUUCAGUAAGUAAUAACAUUAAAUAAUAAAUUACUCCCACACAAACGCAACGGUAAUGUGUGUUUUUUUUGUGUGUGUGUGUGAGAGAGAGAGAGAAAGAGAGAGAGAGAGAGAGAGAGAGAGACAGACAGACAGACAGACAGACAGACAGACAGACAGACACUGGAUGGCACUUCCAACCAAGUAAAGGUAAAGGUACCCCUGCCCGUACGGGCCAGUCGUGUCCGACUCUAAGGUUGCGUGCUCAUCUCGCUCUAGAGGCCGUGAGCCGGCGCCGUCCAAAGAUACUUCCGGGCCACGUGGCCAGCGUAGGUGAAAAUUAACCUUGGGUUAAGAACUUAAUUCGUUCUGUUCUUAACCUGAAACUGUUCUUAACCUGAGAUACCACUUUAGCUAAUGGGGCCCCGUGCUGGUGCCGUGCAAUUUCUGUUCUCAUCCUGAAGCAAAGUUCUUAACCCGAGGUUAAGAGGGUUAGUGGAGUCUGUAACCUGAAGCGUCUGUAACCCGAAGUACUAGUGUACUUAAUUUGUUUGAUAGAAGAUGUCCCUUAGUGGCUGGAUGUGGUGGAUGACUCAGUCUUUCUUCUCUUAUGCCUCAACCACAAAAGCUUUGUGCUAUAAGCACCACAACUCCGUUCACCUGACCAGCAUCUGCAGACUUUGACAUUUUAUGAAAGAUGCUUCUGUACCAAAUGCAGUCAUGAAUAGCAGUCAUGGCCUUGGGUCUAUCUUCUAACAGCUGUAUUUUUGUUAAAGCUGUUGGAACUGUUUACUCACGAGAAGUAUUCAGUGACUGUUGGUGUUCUUUAAAGAUAUCUUUCUUGAGAGAUACAUCUGGAAGGUUUAAUAUUGGGAGCAAUUGAAAGCAAAUGCAUUUUAAGUUACAAAAUCUGCUUAGGGAUGUGUCAAUUUCUCAUCUUCAUUUGGCUCUCCAUACUAGGCAGAGACUGUUGUUUAUGUUGAGCACAAAUAAUUAAUCAUGGUUUUGGAGUAACCUAGUCUGGACUGGGAUCGUGUGUCGAAUUUGGGCAUAAAGUGAAAGGGUGUGUCAAAAUAAGUCACAAUAGUGCUUUAUUUAAAAUCAAUUUAAGAGAUAUCUGUGUUGAGGAUUAAACUUCAGUAGCAACAUUUUUUUUAAGAACUAGAUCAUGAAAGGUCAGUGUGACAUCAUGCUUGUUGCACAAACAAUAGAUAUGUGCCACUCUCUAUUACGUAUCUUUAUCCUAACAGCACUCACUUUAGUAAGCCUCCUAAAAUCAGUAUGUUUAGGAGCAUUUGGAACAACUAAUGUUUUAGGAUAUGAAAGCCCUAUAUGGAGGAAAACCCCACUGAAGUUGAUGUUUCCAGCUCUUCUGUUCUUCCUUAUUUGUGAAUAAUGCUGAAUGACCAAAGUACAGUCUACAGAAUACCGAGUUUGUUUAGCAGUGCAAAAACACUUUGAGGCUGAUGAGAAGUCACAUGAUCUUUGAUCCAUUCUUUUGUACUGUGAAUGCCAUUCCAAUCAGUAGUCUAAAUGAUCUUUCCUGUCAUGCCUUUUCAGUAGCUUGACAGGCACUGGGUUAGUAGACAGCCUAAAGUAUACAACCCCUCGGGAACAAACUUCAUCAUCAGUUACUUUCCAUGUGCUAUGGACAUUUUAUAGUUUUUCACAAAUGACAUCUUGGAUCAUCUAUCACAGUAGUUCUUUUCUGAAGUCAUAAAUGAUGGGAUCCAUAUUAGUGAUGGAGCUGUGGUCACAGUGGAGGAAAGGAGUGAGGUGAUGUCUCCUUCCCCCUGUAGCUCCAGGUCCCCUGAAAACUGCUCUAGGGGGCCCCCUUGGACAGAGUGCAGGUGAGGGCUGUGUCCUGCAAAGGCUGUGCGGUUGGGGUCAGAAUAUAUCUGAAAUGAUUUUUAAAGGACUAAUUUCCUGUAUAAUAUACACUUUGUUGUUAUUCUUGUUAUUACUAAUUAUUUCUUUAUGCAUGAAACUGGACACCAAAAACUUGAAAAGAGUUGUUUUGUCUAAGAUAUAGGUUGGAAUUAAAAGAUAAGUCAUUGUGGGUGACACAAUUAGUACCAGGUUUUCUCCAACCUAUCUGAAGAAAACCUACAGGCUCAAAGUGCUGUAUACUGGAACAACGAUGGCCUGUUUUAAUUGGGAUAGAGAAACAAAAUCAUUCUGAGUUCUCUUAUCAUAGCUCUCCAAUUCUUUGAUGUGAUAUUGAGCAAGCCUUUCAGAAUAUAGCCCAAUACAACAUGGGCUAUCAGGUAGAUGUUAACCCAGAACGAACAUUCUAUGUACUGUAAUAAGAAUUCUGUCUUAUCUAAAGAAGGUUUGAAAAUCCAAUAGGCUAUCUUUAGCUUACUGAGGCAAGGGAAAGUCCAUGAUUUUUGGCAAAGUUUCACUUGAUAAUCAAGAUAAAUACUUUUGGAAUUUGAAUGUUUCUUGCAUUGAAACAUAUAUUUAAAUAGUCUGGGAAAGUAUCUGAUGAAUAUUCAGUGAAUAAGAGGGUUUGUAACUGCUGUUGUUAAAAUUUCAGAGGUGAUGAAUAGGAAUCCCUGUUUUAUAUGUUAAUGUCAUCUUAAUAGGUGCAGACAAGAUCUAUUGUAAAUAGCAGAAUGUAAAUUACUUAAAAGCAGCUAUCAUAAACACGGGGGGGGGGGAAUGAAAAGGUAGUAUAGAGGAAGUAACAUGCUAAUUGUACAAGAUAUUUGAAAAAUGGAAAAGGCAGUGAAUAUGCCUUUUUCUAGUCCACAAAAGAAUUUUACUUCAGAAAAGUAUUUUCUGCUAAAUGUGUGAGUUACCUAAUAUGUUUAAUAACCAUAAACUUCAUUUUCUAGACUCUUUCGCUCAGAUUGGACCAAAAACCUUUCCCUAUUCAACAGAAGAAGAAUAUGAAAAAAUCCCAUUGGGAGACGAUGACACUGAAAACGAUUCAGAAAUUGGAUCGGGUUCCAUCAAUGAAAGUAUAUUCCCUGGAGAAACACGAAUGCUGGAGAUGUCAAGGAGAUCUGGAGGUGUCAAGGAGUACCUGACUAGUGGAUGGCUGACCAUUUUUGUUCCAUCAGUUUAUACCCUAGUUGUUGCGCUGAGUCUUCCUCUGAACAUCAUGGCAAUUCUUGUGUUCCUGAUAAAAAUGAAGGUGAAAAAGCCAGCUGCAGUGUACAUGCUCAGCCUGGCUUCUGCUGAUGUUCUCUUUGUGAGUGUUCUUCCUUUUAAGAUUGUCUACCAUUUUUCUGGGAACAAUUGGGCAUUUGGACCUGAAAUGUGUCGUUUUGUCACUGCUGCCUUCUACUGCAACAUGUACUGCUCUAUCCUGCUGAUGAUGGUGAUAAGCAUGGACCGUUUCUUAGCAGUGGUGUACCCAAUGCAGUCCCUGUCAUGGCGCACACGAAGACGUGCCUUUGUGGUCUGUCUUGCCAUCUGGCUUGUAGCAAUAGCUGGAGUGAUACCUCUGCUAAUCAAUGAGCAAACCCAAAGAAUUCCUCAGUUAAACAUUACAACAUGUCAUGAUGUGUUGAAGAAAGAUGAUCUUAAAGGCUAUUACCUUAUUUUUUUCACCAUUUUCUCUUCUCUUUUCUUUUUUGUGCCAUUAAUUGUUUCCGCUGUUUGCUAUGUGUGUAUCAUCCGGAGUCUUAGCUCUUCGAAUGUCGCUGCGAAGCAGAGCCAGAAAACACGGGCAUUAUUAUUGUCUGUAGCUGUUUUCUCCAUUUUUAUUAUGUGCUUUGGUCCAACCAAUGUCCUUUUGUUAAUUCACUACAUCAGUUUUUCUUACAAAAACUACUUGGGGAAUAUCUACUUUGCCUAUCUCAUCUGUGUCUGUACUAGCAGUAUAAGUUGCUGCAUUGAUCCUUUGAUCUAUUAUUACACCUCUUCUGAAUGCCAGCGUCACCUUAUCAAUCUUUUUUGCUGUAAAAAGACCUCUGAAUCUUGCAGUACCAGUACCAGUGGCCAGUUAAUGACUAGGACCAGCAGAAGGGGUACUUGCACCAGUACACUUGGUAACAGUGUCUACAGGAAGCUAUUAACAUAGGAUUGCAAUCAGCUACCGGUAAGUUUUGUUCAAAGUAGACUUACUGAAAUUAAUGGACCCAAAUAGUUACAUUCAUGAAUUUCAGUGAGUCUGUUCUUACUAUGAGAAACAUUUGCUACAACUCAUAUUGUUUUGUGGACAAAAGUACAUUUUGUGCACUUAUUAUUAAUAUAGCUAUAUAUUUAAGCUAUUAUACUGAAGAAUAGCCAUAUCACAUUUUUCACAUGAUUAACAUGUUUGUUAACAGAUAACCUGUCAUUAAAAAGGAUAUAGGGUAUGGGGAGGGAAGAUAAAGACUCAAGAAGGUGUUGAAACAGUGUUUUCCUGUGAAAACUUUACCCAGAUAUGUACUGCAUCCCUAUUUGUGUGUGUGUGUGUGUGUGUGUGUGUGUGUGUGUGUGUGAGAGAGAGAGAGAGAGAGAGAGAGAGAGAAAGACAGAGAGAGAGAAAGAGAAGUAUUAAUCUGAUUCUACUGACAAUGUUAUAAAUAGGUCACUUAUGGCUGAAAACCUCCAACAACUAAAAUCUACAAACUGUUAAACAGACUUCAAAUUUUUAUGCAUUGUUUGCCACAUUACAGUAGCCCUCUGAACGAAAUCACUGUUUCCAUUUACAAAUUGGCUUUGGAUGCUAAGAGACACUGAUUUCAUUCAAAGCUGCCUAAUGACCUUAUGACUAAAGAGAUAUUUGAGUUUAUAUAUCCCUUUUCUUAUUGGUACGCUAAUUUCAAGUAUUAUUUGUAUUACAACAUUUGAUGAUUCCUGAAAUUAAAUGAAUCAGUGGUCUUUUUUUAACACUGCUUUUCUAAUUUGUAGUAUAUGAUUCGGCCCUCUGAAAUGCAUUCUGCAUAUUUCAUGAUUUUGCUCUACAUAUUUUGGCUGCCUUAGAAGCUAAAAACCGAAAAAGAUUUCCUUAAAAGACAAAUGAGUCAAUAUUUGCAAUUUGGUGUUGUCACACAAAGUUCAAGUCAUGAUAAGCCUUUUUAUUGUUCUGUUGUAUAUAAACAAUGGACUUUUGACUCAUGAUUGAGACCUGUAUUGAUUGGCUUGCAUCCUGACCUUUUGCUCCUUUACAAAGAGACACAGUACUUUAUAAAAUGGCUGUUUCCAUGAGCAGCGUUAUCCUUCCAUGAAUAGAAGCAAAAAGUUAUAACUAGCCAGAACUGGUUGCUAGUUGGUGUUACUGUGUACCCAUCACAACUAAAUACUGAAUAGCCUAGUUACAUUCUAUUAAUGUGGUUUAACACGGACUAGAUCACACUGUCAACCAAGUAGUUUGGAGUUGUCCAAAUAUUUGAAGAAUCAGAGAAAAGGUAUGCUGGCAUAUUUAUUUCAAACUGGUUCUGCUUUAAGUCUUAUUCUGAACAUGUGUUUCUACUUUUAAAAUAGAGUGAAACUCCAAUGUGUCCUGUUCAGAAUGUAUUUUCUACAGGUAUUUGCUUUUAGUGGGCACCUCUCCACAGAUUCUGUACCUUACUUUUUUCCUAAAUUGUGUCAUACCUUGAUCAUGUGUGUGAAAUGCAUUUAAAAAACAGACUGAGGCGCUGCAACAUUAUAAAAAUCUAAUUAACUCGCACUCAGUAAUGGGAAAGUACAAGUGAGCCCUGGGACAUAAAAAUAAAUUAAAUAUUACUUGUCUUCAUGUAAAUUACUUUUACUUUCAUUAGCAGUUGAAUUUAGGUUUUUAGCUGAUGCAUUUCUUCAGCACAGAAACUGUAAGUUUCUACUCUAGAAUCCCAUAGGGUUUCUAAUGUAACAAAAAAGUAAAGUGUUGCAUCUAGUGAGAGCAAAAGCACUCCAAUAGAGGCAUCCAUUAAUGCAAGAGGCAAGGGGACACUUUUUGCCCUUUCUCCCUCCCUUCUGUUUUCAUAAUUAUGAAAAACCUACUCUGGAUGUUCUCCCAAACCUUCAGAACAGAUUUUUGGGUGGUGCCGGAGGCUGUGAAAAUCAGCAAAAUUUGCAUCCCUUCCUCUUCCGUCAACAGUUGCCUCUGCUGGAGCAACAUCUAAACAUUCUAAACAUACAUUUUGUUUAAGUGUAGAUAAUAUAAUUACCAAAUGGGAGAAGUAAAGCUACUACUUAUCUACUCAAAAGUAAGUCCUAUUGAUUUCAAUUGCCAUUGCUCUUAAACAAGUAGAUAUAGGCUUGUAUCCUGAAACUCAGAAUCUGAAGCAGCAUUUUAAAACUGAGAAGAAGUGUCUGCUAAUCUGUCAGCAGGUAUUUUCAGCAUUCUAACUAUUUUAUUUGAGAUGUAUUGCAUUACUGUAUUGUUUUCCAUUUUUGUGUGUGAAAAGAUAUAAAAGGGUAUUUAGCUGGGUUUGAUAUAGGAGGAAAUACCUGUUAUAGGAAGAAUAUUAACGGUUGUGACCAAUUAGGUUAUACUCUGAGUGUACACAUUGAAAAUAGUGAACCUAAGUUCUUCAUGUCCAUUAUUUUCAAUGGGUCUACUCUGAGCUGGACUGACAUUGGAUAUGACCCAGUAUUGACUUCUAUUUUCUUCCUGGGUCAAAUCCCUAUCAAAAUACAUUUAAUGUAAAGUAAUUUAACCAUACAUUUUUAAUUUUAUUGAUGUACAAACAUAAGUAAAAUGUGUAAAUAUUUCAUAAUUUUUGGAAGUUAUAUUAUUAUAUAUUCAUAUUAACCAAAUAAAUUAUGGUAUUUGCUUUCUUAAAACUAUAAUGUUGAUAGACAGAUGUUUAUUAUUAUGUUUGAAAAUUGAGUUAACCUGCAGCAAUAAUAAACUUUUUAUCUGCUUCAUUUGUUGUGUGUUCAUACCUAUGCCAUGAUACAAGUUUGUCAUACAUGGUAUCCAGUCUGAUAUAUUUUCACUUAAAAAUUGCUGCUCUGAAACAUGUAAACCUUGAAUAUUCCAAAAAGCUUCAGUCAGGUUGCUUAAAACCCACAGCAACAAAGAUAAUAUUUUAAAAUGUUAGAAACAAGUAACUGUAGCAGUUUGUAGGAAUCAUCCAUUUUUGGUCUUGCAUUAUUGUUCAGUGACAGUAAAGCUAAACUACAAUGAAGGGGCAAUCUGUGGUCUUUGUGGUGUCUAUGGUACAGGAACUGAAAAAAGUAUGGUAGUUUGGCAGCAUGUCAGGCCAGUCAAGGUUCUUCAGGCCCCCAGGCAAAAGCUGCACCUAAGGCAUGGCAUAGUUCAUUCCUUUAAAUUGGAGGUGAGUUGCCUUGGCCUGCCCUAGCUGAUACAGUUUAGGAAAUAGUGGUAACACCACCAUGAAUCUCUCUCUGCUGUAGGAUCGCUCUGCUCCAAAAUGCUGAAUCCAUAGACAACAGAAAGGUUAUCCAAUACUGCUACUAUAUGUGUGCUUUUUAAAAAUAUCACUUCCAUUGCACGCCUACUUCAUAGGCUAGAGCAUCUGAUUUGUAUGCAGAAGCUCCCAGGUGGUCCAGUCCCUGGCAUCUCCAGGUAGGGCUGGAAAUCUCCCCUGAUUGAAACCCAGAAGAGCCAUUCAGUUUCGGAUCACAAACCAAGGCAGUUUCACAUAGCUAGCGAGUGAUAAGCCAAGCUGUUAACAUGAUGAACGGUGCUGCACUGCUGUGGGGAAGAAGCCCCUCUUGAGAUGACUAUCCUGUAAGAUCUGGGCUCUUUCCAUCUGAAUUCAGGUGUAAAUAUGCGAAUAGGUCAUAUUUCUUAAAGGUAUGACAGCCUCCACCACAUCUUGAUUUGCAAAGGAACCCAGACCGUGAGUGAGCACUUGGAUCUCCCAAGAAUCUUUCUACAGCUCAGCAGAGAUGGCACCCAACCUCUGUAACACUAUGCUUCUCUCCAUGUGUUUGUGUCUAGUACCUGUUUUGUUAUUCCAAUGUGCCUCCAUGAGUUGGGCAAGAUAGUGGGUCAGGAUCAUGAACUGACCUUUGAGCUUCUUUAUAACCAUCCCAGAUAAAACGCUCUUGUAAUCUUUCAAGGGUUUUACUUAAUUGCAGCCUUUGUUGAAUCCUGUAAGUAUUUGCAGUUAUUUUAUACCUGGACUGCAAAAAGUUCCAGAAUGUGUAUGUGUGGCAGUGUUGGGACAUAUAAGCAUCUCAUUAUAUGAGUAUCAAUGUGGACCAAGAGAACUGCUUUAUGAAACAGCCCUAACUUUUCCAAGUUGAUAUAUCCCAUUUGACUCAUAAUCUGUGUCCGUAUCAGCUUUGUUAAAAAGGAAGCUCUGUUUCCCAUGAUUCAUUGUUAUAGAGAUGUGAAAAUGGCUAAACCCCGCCCUCAUUUUUACUGAUGUGGAUGAAAUUUACGGGAACAGGAGUUUCUCCAGAGUGGAUUAAGCCUGCCAAAUUGCAGGCAGAUAUCUCGCAAUGCAGGAACCCUUAAGUUGUACAAAUAUUGUUUCAGUUACAGGAAGUCAUACUUUUCUCUUUUCCAUUAUUGUUUGUACAGUGUUUAUAAAGAAGUCUGUUUGCCUCAGUAAAUUUUUUCUUUUUUACUGUGAAUUUUGACUGCGUUUUGACUUAGCUGUAUGACAUAUCUAUCAUCUAUCUAUCUAUCAUCUAUAUCUAUUUAUCUCUUUCACUGCCAGGAGAUGAAACCUGCUAGAUUUAAAACUGAUAGUCAUAGUGAUUCUUCCACAAGGGCAAAAGUGAACAUUUCUGGGUGAAUAAAAUGUUUGUUAAUCCUUCCCGUCUAUUGUUUUUUAUACAGUUGGUCUGAAAAUUUGUAGACAUCUGAGAAGAGGAAAAGGGGAUAACACUGCAAAAAUACACAAUAUCAAAUGGAAAUAAAGGAUACUAACAGGAAUGAAAAGGAACUCUCACUCACCAGCCGUUCAACUAAAGGGGGAAGGCAGAAGGGGGAUAACUCUUGAACACAAAAAUGUGGCACAAACAAACUC